AUGGGCCCCCGCCCAGCUUCCGCUGGACCAACUCGGCGUCACAGCAGUGCAAGUGCAUCCCAAGCUGUACCAAGAUCAGGCCAGGGCAGCGAAGAAAGGAGGACACAACUUCUUCCGUUUGGCCAAUCUGCGAGGCUUCAGGGCUCCAGAGAGACUGCGAGACCGGCACCGACACCUGCGUCUUUGGCACCAACAGCUUUGCUGGACCAGCUUCGCACGGCAUUAGCCUCAGAGAAGCGAUCGAGGAUCGAAGCAGAGCAGGCCGUGAAAAGCGAGAUGCAGGUGCAGUUAGAAGCUUUGCAACUGCAGUUUCGGAACGAGCUGGAAGAGACCAACGCUCUUUGGCAUGCCAAGCUGACUAUGGAGCAAAGAGAGCAAGAAGCUUGCAUUGAAGGCUGGAUGGCGGAGGCCGAUCGGAACAAAGCUGAGGUUCGUCUCGCAAAGCAUCUUGAGGCAGAGGCCCAUGCUGCAAGCUGUGCGAACGAGGACACCAUCAGAGACCUGCAGGAGCAACUGCUGAAGAGCGAGGCUGAGAUUCAAAGCGUGCGUGUGGAGGCCCGGUCUGCGAUGGAAUCCAGCAGAGCAUGCGCGCAUCUAGAGGCACUAGUUGCACGAGGCCAACGACACGAGAGAGAUGCUGCCGAGCUGCGUGUUACCGUUGGAGUUCUCCGCGAGCGUUUGUCAAGACAGGAGCAGGCCAUGGUACGCCUUCGCAGAGAGAGCUCCCUGGGGGUGUCAGAGGACAGCGGAGCCCACGGUGCACUGGCACGGCCUCCUGUUCCUGCGCCCUUCGCGCAAGGACGCCAAGGUGGUGCUCUUCGAGGCCUCGCCAAGGGCAUCGGAUCCGGAUAUGCAUCGAAAGCAGCACCUUUGACCCCAUUGUCGGAGGAUGGACCUGUGGUGCCUCCUUACACACCCAGCGAGGAGAGUUCGAUGCACCCUGUCCUGAGCGCAAGUCGGAACUCUCUUUGGUCCGAGGCAUCGUCAAUGCCGGAUGCUUUCAGCGCUGCAAGGCGCGUUGAAGAAGGCAACCAGGAAGUGCUUGGCUCUUCAACGGGUUCACUGUUGACGUCAGUCGAUGGAUUCGCCAUGGUGCGCGACGCGGGCCUGCAGCGGGACUACAGCGCAUCUGAGCUUACGGAGGUCUCCGUUCUGGAUGCCUUUGCCGUGGUGAGGGGCUUGAGCUCUGCAGAGAAAGAGCAGUGA